UGUCCGUACAGCCAUCUGUCUGUUUCUCAGUUACCACCACUCUCUUUCGCUCUCACGUUCUUUGUUUUCUUUUUUUUUUGUCCAAAAUCCCUAAAAAUCCGCAUAUCUCCGAUGGCGCAAAUUAACCUUGCCUCAAAACCCUAGAACCCCCCCCCCCCCCCCUUUUCCGGUUUUUUAUUAUUUCUUUAAUUGUAAAGAAUCAGUGAAGUGGAAUGGAUGGAAUGAGUAGCAGUAGCAACGGCCAAAACGAUGCAUCAACCACCGGCGGAGGAGCCCAAACGGAGGCGCAACCUCAACCAACGCCGCAGCCGGUGGCGGUGCAGAGUGCGAACGCGCCACCGCCUUUCCUGAGCAAGACUUAUGAUAUGGUGGAUGAUCCCGCCACCGAUGCCAUCGUUUCUUGGAGCCCAACCAACAACAGCUUCGUUGUUUGGAACCCGCCGGAGUUCGCACGGGAUCUUCUGCCCAAGUAUUUCAAGCACAACAACUUCUCGAGCUUCGUCAGGCAACUAAACACCUAUGGUUUCCGAAAGGUUGAUCCUGACCGCUGGGAAUUUGCAAAUGAGGGAUUUUUAAGGGGUCAGAAGCACCUGCUUCGGAAUAUUAGUCGGCGAAAGCCUGCCCAUGGGCAUGGCCAUCAGCAGACACAGCAAUCACAUGGACAGAGUUCAUCUGUGGGUGCCUGUGUUGAGGUUGGGAAGUUUGGGCUUGAAGAAGAGGUUGAGAGGCUUAAGAGAGACAAGAAUGUGCUUAUGCAGGAACUUGUUAGGUUGAGGCAGCAGCAACAGGCUACUGAUAACCAGCUGCAAACGGUGGUGCAACGUCUUCAGGGGAUGGAGCAGCGGCAGCAGCAGAUGAUGUCAUUCUUGGCAAAGGCUGUGCAGAGCCCUGGCUUUUUGGCUCAAUUUGUGCAGCAGCAAAAUGAGAGCAAUAGGCGCAUAACUGAAGCGAACAAGAAGAGGAGGCUCAAGCAGGAUGGUAUCAUUGAUAAUGAGCAUUCCGCUUCCUCUGAUGGACAGAUUGUUAAAUAUCAGCCUAUGAUGAAUGAGGCGAAAGCACUGCUCAGGCAGUUCAUGAAAGGAGAUGCUUCUCCUAGGAUGGACUCUUUUAACAACAAUAAUGAAAAUUUUCUGAUUGGUGAUGGUUUGUCAUCUUCCAGUGGAAUAGAUGGUGGGAACUCUUCAAUCCGUGUAUCAGGGGUGACUCUUCAAGAGGUCCCACCAACUUCAGGCCAGUCAACAUAUAUACCAGCAACUUCAGAGAUCUCAGGGCAUUGCCCCUCAACUGCCAUAACUGAAGUACAAUCUUCCCCAAGUGAAACAACCUCUGAAAAGAUUACAACAGCACAGUUUCCAGAUUUGAGUGCACUGGCUGGAGUGCAAAAGCCACCAUCAAUAUCCGUUUCUCAGACAGAUAUAAUUAUGCCCGAGCUUUCUCAAAUACCAGACAUGGUCCCAGAAAGCAUUGUUGAUAUUCCAACAGAAAAUUACAUGGGGUCUGAAACAGGGAAUGGUGGAUUUAUUGAUCCUGCUACAUUUGUUGUGGAUGGCUCAGUUCCCAUAGAACUUGAUGACAUUGCUCCUGAUCCUGACAUAGAUGCCUUGCUGGAUAAUUCUACUUUCUGGGCUGACCUUCUUGUGCACAGUCCAUUGCCUGAUGAUAUUGAAUCACCCUCAAUGGAUGGUAAAAGCAAGGGAAAUGAAGGGCAGCCGAUUGACAAUGGAUGGGACAAAUCUCAGCAUAUGGAUAAGCUUACAGAACAAAUGGGUCUUCUUAGAUCAGAUAACAAGGGGGUUUAAUCUUGUGUACCAAAACGUAUAUUACUUUCACAUUAUCUGAGGCAUCUCACCGGGUUGCAGUAAAAGAGGUCACUGAUACGAAGACCACCUGGUCAAAUGGCUCGGAAUCAAAACUGAAACAAAAAAGGACAAGCACAGUAAAGGGAAGUCAUGAAUUUUAUAUUGGCUGUGUAAGAAGGUGAGAUGAUUAUUGGAUUGUGUUAAGUUUAUAUAGAUCAUGACAGUUGAUAUCAAAAUUAGUUCUGAAUACUAAUAAUGGCUUUAUGAUACUACUAGCUAUGUGUCACUUCUACUGUUGACUUCUAAGAAAAUUUUAAAUUUUAA